CCACCCUCGCUCUCACACAGGCUUCGUUGGCAAAGUCAUUUUGGAGCAACCCCAUCCGACCUUGAAUACUCGACGUAUUCAGUCCGUCAUUCUUUCUCGAAUCCCUCUCCGUUGCGAUUUCAUCAUCACUUGAACCAUUUAGCCCUUGCUUGCAGUUCUGGACGACAGUUAGCGAUUGCUUAGACUCGCGCGACCUUCCACACGACAGAGUUCGAUUCUUUCAAUCACAAACCUCGCGAGCAGGAAAAUCUGGUUUCAGCUUGGGUCUUCGCAUACCAUCAUUCGAGAACUUCUGCUAUACCAGUUCAUCUUGACAAGAUGCAUCUGUCAACCUUCGUCGCUUCCCUUCUCCUGCCGCUUGCGGCUGUUGCAGAGGGCCUUUCAACCAUCACUUCAACAAGCACUAUGACCCUUACCAAGACGCUCACCCUUCAGCGUGCCGUCGUCACCGUCGCGUCCAACAGCUCCACCGGUCAUACCAGUCACUCGACUACUCUCACGUUAGCAUCCAGCACCACUUCGACGGGGCCAGCUGCCACCAGCACCAGCGCGACCACCACCACCGAGGAGGACAAAAACGCCGCACCAGCGAUGGGUGCUUCCCAGUUGGCUGCUCUUGGUGUUGCCGGUGUCGUGGCUAUUGCUCUUUUAUAAACCAACCAAGUGUACAGUUGAGGUGGUGGGACGGAACCUCCUGGGCAGACUUCUACGGAUCGUUUGACCGGGUUCAAACAGCCACCUUCUCUGUCGGCUGGAGCUAGGAUGCUUCGUUUUGAGCAUCAUAACAAUUUUUCUCCUUGUUCGCGCGAGACAGCUCAACGGGUUGGCGAUCCGGACGGUCUGAAGCGACCCUCACCCUGCCGCUUGAACAUUUCUGGCUCGCGCUCACACCAAGAAACGCAUCCAACACCAAGCGCGCGGCAACCGCAUUCGCCUUUUCUCGGCGUUCUCAACAGUUCCUAUGUUCAAGCAGCCCCAGCCGCCAUCAACAAUCUCGUUUGGUUUUCUGCAUUUGAACGACACUUGUUUUUUUGCACUUGAACGACACUUGGCAUUCGCCAUUUUCCUUCUUUGUUCUUCCAGCGAACUAUCGGCAUCUCAAAAACAACCUCAUCACCCGAUAUCUCCUCCAUUCGCCGCUUGCGGCUCACCAUCUUCGUUGAUACCCUUAUUUUCACCUUCUCUUAUCAUCGAUUCUCUCCGACAUAGCGGGCUUUUGUUCCUCAGUCUACCUUCAAUGGGGAGAUCUCGGGCUAUGAACGAUGGUUUGUCUGGCUGGACUUUAUUCUUUCCAUUCUGGGGGCCCGGUUUUGGACGGAUCUUGACUUUGCAUCUUGGGGGAAGAGAUCACGUCAAGGAUGGCAUCGUCAAAAUCUGUUUUCAACUCAAGGCGCGUUUUAUUUUCUUUAUGAAGUCAUUACACGAGAAAAUGAGAUGGAUGCGGAGCAGAAGGACGAUGCCCCUCUUGAGCUCAGCACGUUUUCACACUUUAACCUUCUAGAUAUUUCAAAACUUGAUUGAUACCCUUUUUUUUAAAAGAAAGG